AUGAAGCUGAAGCAGCGAGUCGUGCUGUUGGCCAUCCUCCUGGUCAUCUUCAUUUUCACAAAGGUGUUCCUCAUCGACAACCUGGACCCCUCGGCCGCCAACCGCGAGGACCAGCGCGCGUUCCACCGCAUGAUGGCCGGGCUGCGCGUGGAGCUGGACCCGCGGCUCGACCACACGCUCCAGUCCCCCUGGGAGAUCGCGGCCCAGUGGGUGGUGCCCCGGGAGGUGUACCCUGAGGAGACCCCCGAGUUGGGAGCUGUCAUGCAUGCCAUGACUACCAAGAAAAUCAUCAAAGCUGACGUGGGAUACAAAGGGACUCAGCUGAAAGCUUUGCUAAUACUUGAAGGAGGACAGAAGGUUGUCUUCAAACCCAAGAGAUAUGCCAGGGAUUACGUAGUGGAAGGAGAGCCGUACGCUGGCUACGACAGACACAACGCAGAAGUGGCAGCAUUCCACUUGGAUAGGAUCCUGGGGUUCCGGCGAGCGCCGCUGGUGGUCGGCAGGUUUGUGAACCUGUUCACAGAGAUCAAACCAGUGGCCACGGAGCAGCUUCUGGGCACCUUCAUGACUGUGGGCAAUAAUACUUGCUUCUAUGGGAAGUGCUACUACUGUCGGGAGACAGAACCAGCCUGUGCAGAUGGAGACCUCAUGGAGGGCUCAGUGACUCUGUGGCUCCCAGAUGUUUGGCCCCUGCAGAAACAUCGGCACCCCUGGGGCAGGACGUACCGGGAGGGCAAACUGGCCAGGUGGGAGUACGACGAAAGCUACUGCGAUGCCGUGAAGAAAACUUCCCCCUACGACUCAGGCCCUCGUCUGCUUGACAUCAUUGACACAGCCAUCUUUGACUACCUGAUUGGGAAUGCUGACAGGCACCACUAUGAGAGUUUCCAGGAUGAUGAAGGAGCCAGUAUGCUCAUCCUCCUGGAUAAUGCCAAAAGCUUUGGAAACCCUGCCCUGGAUGAAAGAAGCAUCUUGGCUCCUCUUUAUCAGUGCUGCAUCAUCCGAGUUUCUACGUGGAACAGGCUGAAUUACCUGAAGAAUGGAGUGCUGAAGUCUGCCUUAAAGACUGCGAUGUCGCACGACCCCAUCUCCCCUGUGCUCUCCGACCCCCACCUGGACGCCCUGGACCAGAGGCUCCUCAGCAUUCUGGCUACAGUGAAGCAGUGCACGGACCAGUUUGGGCCAGAUGUUGUGCUGGUGGAAGACAGGAUGACUCUGUCUCACUUGUAAUUGUAGUGGAACACAGAUGGAACUCCUUUUUAUUUUUAAGAACAAACAAAUAAACAAGCGAUAGAAAAACAGCACAAUCAGUUCAGAAGGGCUGUGGCCAAGAUGGACUGACACGAACAGGAGAGCUCCUGAGCCAGAGGAAUGGAGGUGACACUGGCUUUCUCCUUUGGCUGGCAGCAGUGAGAGGUGGGAAGCUGUGGCCUGGGAUGGCUCAGCACCUGGAGUGGCAUCGUGGCUGUUGUGGUGUGUCCAUUGCCGGCGGUGGACGCGGCACGGGAUAAACGUGGCUCUUGGUGUUGGUGAAGUGUGUGGAAUACAGACACUAAUUUGUGGACUGAAUCUAGAGGGGACAAAUGGAGAUGAACAGGACAGUCCUCUCCCCUUCUCUUCCCCCCUCUGGCGAGUGGGAUUCAGGGUUGUACACAAUCAGCCGAGAGCUGGUUGGGCAUUUUACUGCUU